AUGUUGGAGAAUGUGAAGAACUGUAUCCUGUGGGUGGUACGCCCCACUGGAGCAGGGGAAGAGCAUGAGGAGGAAGAGAAUAACACAUUGCUUAAAAUGGACAUAAAUGGAAAGUCCAGAACUACCCUAUCUACCCUCCCUGUACCUCUUGCAGAGGUCAGUUCUGCAGGCAAAACAGAAGCAGAGAAACCACGAUGUUCCAGUACUCCCUGCUCACCAAUGCGACAGACAAUUUCAGGCUAUCAGAUCCUUCGCAUGGAUUCUAACUACCUGGUUGGCUUCACGACUGGAGAGGAACUGCUAAAAUUAGCUCAAAAGUAUACAGGAAAUGAAGAUAAUAAAGGGAGAUCUGAGCCUAACUUGCACUCUAAACAGCUCGAUUUAAGACUUGCAUGCUCCUCACGUUUAUACAAAACUAGAAGUAGAUGCUAUCAGCCAUAUGAGAUCCCAGCAAUAAAGGGGAGGAGGAGGAGACGGAUGCCCAGCUCGGGGGAUAAAUGCACUAAGGCUUUAUCAUAUGAACCUUACAAGGCACUUCAUGGUCCCUUGCCUCUUUGCCUUUUAAAAGGCAAAAAGGCUCAUUCUAAAUCCCUGGAGUACCUCAAUUUAGACAAAAUGAGCAUUGAGGAACCUGCUGACACAGACAUGUUACGAUACCAGCUCCAACACCUUACCCUUAGAGGGACCGACCGUAUGUUUGCAAGAAACAAUACUUGA